CCCGGUAUGGACCGACCCCGGCCUGCUUCCAGGUUCACCUUAAAGAAAGCAGGGGCCUGAUUUCGAGUUCUAAUUGUUGUCGCUGAUUUGUAAAUGCGGCAAGGCGACUGUGACUCAUAGCUCACUUGAGGAUGAGUUUUCUCGCUCCUCUCCGCCCCUCCAAGUCCAUCCGUAUUCCCUUCUCCAGCACAUCGCAACUUCACCCCGCAUAUCAACCAUCGCCUUCGACCCGCACUCCCUUUCGCAUUCACGGUCAUAGCCACUGGCCAGGAACCGCCCCAAUCAAACACAGGCUUCUCAGCACAAUGUCGGACUCUCGGCCGAUUUUCUUCUUCGACAUAGAUAAUUGUCUUUACUCAAGAAAAAGCAACAUUCACGAUGAGAUGCAAAAACUAAUUCAUGAAUUCUUCGUCCACCACCUCUCUCUCAAAUCUGAAGAUGCGCACAUGCUACACAUGAAAUACUACAAGGAGUAUGGUCUCGCCAUCGAAGGGCUUACGCGCCACCACAAAAUCGACCCACUCGAGUUCAACCGACAAGUCGACGAUGCUCUGCCACUAGACCGGAUCCUCAAACCCGACCUCAAGCUGCGGAAGCUGCUAGAAGACAUCGACCGGGACAAGGUAAAACUAUGGCUUCUGACAAAUGCAUACGUCAACCACGGCAAGCGGGUGGUGAAGCUGCUGCAGGUGGACGAUCUUUUUGAAGGCAUCACAUACUGUGAUUAUGCGCAGCCACCACUCAUCUGCAAGCCAUCGCAGACGAUGUACGAUAAGGCGGAGAAGGAUGCCGGUGCUUCGGGUAAUCAGGAGAUUUAUUUUGUUGAUGAUUCUGGCCUGAAUUGCAGACAUGCCGCGACUCGUGGUUGGCAAGUUGCUCACCUUGUUGAGCCCGAGCUCCGUGCGCCCAAAGUUCCGGUCUCACAAUACCAGAUCCGGGAUUUGGAGGAGUUACGAACAUGCUUCCCUAGCCUAUUCAAGAAAUCAUAAUCCCGGAGUGGUGGAUUAAUACUUCAAAUACACGUUGAACGGUUUACAAUACUUGAUUCUACCAGUGGAUAGGCGGUGUUUAUACUUCUUACGGAGACUUAACCUUAUACAGCACAUAUCUUUAGACGGACAUGGAUAAUAGAAUAUAUUAUAUAGGAGUUAUUAUAGUCAUAUAAUCUCAACCAAUCUGACAGUCCAGCUUGUCACGACAGGGGGAAAGCAAACAAUAGUAAAUGAUCAAAAACAAUGAAAAGGCGUCAGCAAAUUAAAGAAGCCAAUUUGCAACUCC